UCACGGUGGGCGCGGAUCUGCAUUCCUCCCUUCAGAUUGUCAACACCGCCACCAAGUCAAGAGCCAUCCGGAUCACUCCAGGGAGAUCAAAGGAGUAUGCGGUUGAGAGGGGAUGCACGAUCUUGCUUCCGCCCAAUGCAUACGUGGAGAAAGGAG